AGGCACGGCGUUCCCAGCAGUUCAGUCGCACGCGCACGCGCACCGCUCCACUCCCUCCAGUCCGUCUCGAGUGGCGCCCCGCACCGAGCUGGCGGCUCGGGCCAUCCAUUCCCGGCAAGGCGGCAACCCUUCCUCCCUCCCCAUCUUCGCCGCCAGGCGCCGGAGCCUUCCUGCUCGGCUCCUUGCUCCCGCGCGCUCCUCGUCGGGCUCCGGUGAUGUCCGGUGGUAACGCGUGGUCGUCGCUCUCUUCGCACGGAUUUGGGCACAAUCUGUAGUAUCGAAAUGUCGGAUCGGAAUCGGUUCCCCCAGUAUUAUAGUAGGAUCACUAAAUUGCGGGGAUAUAGAUCGGAUUCCAGCGGCAUGGCGAGCCGCGCCGGCGAGCCUGUGGCGAGGACCAAUAGCGACGGCGGAGGCAGCGGCAGCAAGGACUCGGGCAGCUUCGAGUGCAACAUCUGCCUGGACCUGGCGCAGGACCCCGUGGUCACCCUCUGCGGCCACCUCUUCUGCUGGCCCUGCCUCUACGAGUGGCUCCACGUCCACGCGCACUCCCAAGAGUGCCCCGUCUGCAAGGCCGUCGUCGAGGAGGGGAAGCUCGUCCCCCUCUACGGCCGCGGUGGCACCUCCGCCGCUCCACGGGCGAGGUCCGUGGCCGGCGUCCAGAUCCCCAGCAGGCCGACCGGGCAGCGGCCGUCCACCGCCCCGCAGGCUGACCACAACAACCAUUACCCGCACCAGAACCCAUGGUUCAUGGGUGCUGGUGGCACCCCUGUAGCUGGUGGCCGGUGGGGAAAUUACACUUUCUCGGCCGCCUUUGGAGGGCUGUUUCCUUUGCUGAGCUUCCAGGUGCAUGGGUUCCCGCAUGCUACCGCCUAUGAGCCUGCUGCAGGGUUUCCUUAUGGCUAUGGCCAUUCUUUCCAUGGGUGGCAUGGGUAUGGCUUCCCGCGUCAGGCGCCACAAGGCCAGCAGGUUGAUGUGUACUUGAAGGUGCUGCUUCUAGUAGUUGGUGUGCUUGUAAUUGCCAGCCUGAUUGCGUUUUAGGUCAUGCGUGGCUGGAUGUACUUCUCAUCCUUGUCCGUGUGCAUGUUAGUUCUAGCAGGAUUGCAUCAUAGAUAGCUCCCAUGGUUUGAUGUCAGCGUGGAGAGAAGAAGUAGAAUGAUGUAUCAGCUGGUAAUAGUACUUGUGAUAAUCGGUGGCAGCUGGUAUUUUCGUCGUGUAAAGUUGCCAUCGAAGUGAUAAUCGGUGGCAGCUGGUAUUUUCGUCGUGUAAAGUUGCCAUCGAAGUUUAUAGGUGCAUUUGUUGUGCUCUUCCCUUGAAGUUUGACCAUGUUCAUAUUUCUUCAAUGAAGUCUGCAAAAUUAUAUA